AAAUAAAGUUCGCGCAAGACAAUUGAUUGAACAAUCAGAAAUGCCCGGAUAUUGCAUUCGAAGCUGUGUUGUUGGCCAUCGUGUUGAGAGAGAAAAUUAAUGCUAUGCCUGCAAAUUCAGCUGACAACGUUUUUCAUAUUGAGGAGACUUUAAAGUCUUCCCUCAAUUUUAAGGGAACAAUUGAUAGCCAAAUUGCCUCUUCCUCAAAGAAGAUUUUAUUGUCCCAUAUAGGCUUCCAGCCUGCUGGACAACCAUACAGUAUACAGCAAGAGAAUUUGAGAGCGAAGUACGUUCCAUUGAACUCCUUGAAAAAAGUUGGAUCUGAUCAUGAACUUCACUUUGAGGCAAACAUGAACACAAAUGGAAAUAGUGUAACUGAGAGUAGUAGUGGUGAAAGUUUGCCUAGUCCGAAGAUUGUGUUGUAUCCUGAGGAUAAGAUUAAACUACAAUGGAGAAAGGUGCACAAGAUCGGCUCAGGACUGAUCAACAUGGGAAAUACCUGUUUUCUGAAUUCCACCCUUCAGUGUCUAACUUACACUGCACCUCUAGUCAAUUACUGCUUGAGUGGGGAGCACAGCCAAUCAUGCAAACAGCCAGGGUUUUGCAUGAUGUGUGAACUUCAGCGUCACAUUAGAAGAUGCUAUGAGAAUUCUGGAUCAAAUAUAAAACCUCAGGCAAUCCUACAGAAGUUGAAAUUGAUAGCAAAGCACAUGCACUGGGGUAGGCAGGAAGAUGCUCAUGAAUUCCUGAGAUAUGUGGUAGAUUCUAUGCAGAGGUCCACUCUAAAUGGUUACACAAAGCUGGACAAAUUCAGCAAAGAGACAACAGUGGUUAACCAAAUCUUUGGAGGAUAUCUCAGAAGUCAAGUUCAAUGUCUGCGAUGCAAAGAAAAAUCAAACACAUAUGACCCAUUUAUGGACCUUAGUUUAGACAUAAAGACAGUGCCAAGUCUUGAAAAGGCAUUUGAAAAGUAUGUACAGCCAGAAAAGCUGGAUUGUGACAAUGCAUACAUGUGCAAUAGAUGUAAACAAAAAGUUCCUGCAUUGAAAAGAUUUUCCAUUCACAAAGCUCCAAACGUUUUAACCAUCUCUCUGAAAAGAUUUGACUACAGUAAAAUGGUACAGGGAAAAAUUGGCAGACAUGUGCACUUUCCAGAAAAGCUGAAUUUGAGGCCUUAUAUGAGUGCAAAACAGGGUGAUGCGAUACUGCUCAAUUUGAACGCUGUCCUUGUACAUUCUGGGUACACGGCAAACUCAGGACAUUACUACUGCUACGUCAAGUCCUCCAAUGGGGUCUGGUACUGCAUGAAUGAUGCCAAUGUACAGCAAGUCAGUGCUAGUCGAGUUUUAGGUGCUGAAGCUUAUGUCCUCUUUUACACCAAAGUUCGUAGUGAAUACAGUACAUCUAAGCCCACCCACACCAUCACAAUGGCAAACCAGGCAAACCAUGUAGACAACAAAAACAAGUUCAAACCUCUGAAUGGAUUAACAAAGUACCCUAGCACAGACACUGGUGUUACCAUUGCCAGAAGUACUUCCGUGCCCUCUGUUUCUGGACCUACCCCUUCCAAGACGGAGCCUAAAUACGUAUCAGCAGCCUCACUAUUGCCAGAGAAAAGGGACAAGAUUGCGUUUGGUCUGACCAAAACACCCAGUCUGAAUCCAGAGGAACCUAAGGACAAAAGAAUCAUUGUGAAAAUUACACAUGGACAAGUGUCAGCCUGGGAAGAGUCUCGGAACGGCAAAUCCAAAAUUGCUAAUGGAGACAAAGUGAGUUCAAGACUCGUGCCAUAUGGUGAUGACUCCGAGUCUGAUGACGACUCGGCUGCAGUGAACAGAGGGAAGAAGUCCCCUCGUGUCAACGGAAAAAAUCAUGUGCAAGACCACGUAGUGUUCGAUGAAAAACUGAAUGCCACCACAUCAGUGCCAGGAAAUACUCAUCUGCUGGAAACCACAUUGAAGCAGAAGGGGGAUAUCCAUGAAGCUGCCAACAGGAGGAUUGAUGAACUUAAUCUGAUGGUGAAUAAGGCCAAGGAGCACAAGGCUUCAAAGACCUACAGUGAUGACAAUGGAAUUCAGUGCGUUAGUGACAGCAGUGGAGGAAAAGUGAAGGCUACCUCCAACUGGCAUGUGCUGAGCCAAGACUGUGAUCCUAGUCCCUCAGUGGUCUCAAACUCCAGCCGGGAAAGUGUUAACUCUACAUCUGGCUGGGACAUCAAAGAGAAAUCCGAGGCUCCCAAUUUCGACAAGGUGCCCGACAGACAGCACCCAGGGUGGAAGAUCUCCAAGGAAAGUGAACCCAAACAGGAGGCUUCUGAUAGUUCCUUGUCAGCACAAGUGAAAAAACUCUUUGCAGCAAAGAAGGAGGACAGUCACAGCAACCAUGACUCUGUCGUUAACCAGUGGAAAGACAAUUCAAAUUCUUUCUUCCAAAGCAAGAGCGUAGCCAUGUCUGAGAAUCAACCACUGUUGGCAGACGUUGACAUGGAGGAGAGAGUGUCCACCAAAAAACGCAAGAAGCAUAAGAAGCACAAAAAGGAGCACAAGGAUGUCAAGUAUGAGCAGCUGGUCAAUGAGAGCACCUCUAGUCUGGAAGGUCACAGCAAAAAGCACAAGAAAAAGAAGCACAAGCACAAGAAAGAGCACAAGCACUCCAAGCACUCAGACGACUCCGAGGAGGAAAGGCGCAGCAAAAAACACAAGAGAUCUCAUGAUGAUGCUGAUGAGGAUUCUGGGAAGGAAAAGAAAAAGCGCUUGGAUGAGGAUUCCUAUGUGUGGGUGGAGAAAACAAAGGAUACCAUCAGGCAGACCAAAUCAGACAGCAGUGUUCUGGUGCAGUCCUGGGAUCACCAUGUCAAGGAUGGUUUCAAAAAGUCCAAGAGCACUUUUGGCGAUAGCAAAUCUUACAGCACAUGGGAUGGUAGCCGGUCAUCCAAGGUGGCAGAGGAACUAGAGAGACAGUCCUCAGCUGUAGGCUAUGGAUCCUCAGUGAACUCAUGGGAAGGUGGAAAGAGUACUCUGGAUGCUGAGGUUGAGAGCGAGAAAAAAGAUCGCAAGCGGCACUGGUCGGAUGAUUAUGAUGAAGAGUUGGAUCAAUGCAAAACCAAGAAAAUCAAGAAAAACCAUUCUGACUACAACGUCCACUCAGGAUACAAUCCCUUCCAGAAAUACCAAGACCACCGCAACUAUGACAGCAAUAAAUUCAAGGGUGGAUUGAAUGGCUCUCACUCCUUCGGUGGACACAAUGGCAAUACUCAUCACCAGGGCUAUCGUAAUGAUGAUCAUCGCUACCACCAACACUACAGCUAUUCUUCCAAGCAUGCGUACAAGGCCUGAGUUCAUUGGAUGUGUAGAAGACGCCGGGGAAAGAAUUGUGCUUUACACUAGAGCUGUGUUUUCUUGCUCAUUCCAGGAAACAUUUUAUAUUGCUGCUGAGCAGCAAACCUUGAGAGAAAUCGGAUGACUCGUUAUUGAAGGAUAACGACGAUAAACUUUUCUCUCUACCUCUCUUUUUUUUAAUGUAAAGAUUUUAAGCUGGUUAACUUAUUUCAUUUGUUAAAUUAAUUAAAGAGAAUUUACUUGAUUUAGUUUGUGGGCUUUCAUUUUAUAGAGAAGUGAAGAGUGAGAGCUUGAAGUGGAGAUUUUAAUGUGAGAAGAAGCAGGAUAGAUUAUAUAUGUUAAUGAUAUUUUAAAUGUGAUUGACAGAGAAAGUUCAAAUAUCUUGUAAAAUGUGUGCAUAAUUAAUAAUGUGAACUUUUUUUAAGUACUUUUUAAAAAGAUAUUUUCACAAGGUGUGCUGAAGGUGAAAAAUUGUGAACAUUU